AUGGCCAGCAUGCUUCUUGUGGGUGGCUUUCUGCCGAAGUCGACCUUAGUCCGCAUGCCUAAUGCCAGGCCUUUCUACCAGCGUAAAACUUUGAGCAUAAGUGCUAAACGCGGACCUGGAGUCAGUCACGGUGGCGGUGGCCAAAUCAAUCAAGCACGCAAAUCCAUGGAUGCUGCUAAUAUUGAGGAGAAGCUCACUCUUGGCGGCUUCAAGGGUGAGAAAGAAAAUAAGAAGAAAAGCAAGGAAAACGCAGAUAAUGGCGCUACGAUCAACAGUGCUGAAGCCUCUGGUUAA